UCAAAAGCAGAACCACGUCUCAACUCGGGAAAGGGUGUUUUCCAGAGGAGCACGUGAACGCACCGCCAGAGGGACGCAUAGCACGGAGCUCAGAGCUGCACCAGCAAACAAUUCUAUCCAUAAAAUGUCUACCAUGCUGUACUCUGUGAGUGGACCAGGCGGGAAUGAUGCAAGUCUUCAAGGCACCACAGUGGGGGGCAGCAAACCUUUACACCGCUUCAUGAAGGGGCAACCUAAGAUUAUUGGCGUCAUUGUGUUGGUCUUGGGCUCCGCUUUCUUGAUCAUGCCCAUUGCAAUUUCAGAAGACUUCUUUAAUCAACCUCUGUCGAUAACCAUCCCAUCUGGCUUUUUGCAGGGAAUUCUGUGCAUCAUAUGUGGGAUUAUGUAUAUUCUGACAGAGCACAAUCCAACCAAAAAAACAGUCACCAUAUCAUUGGCCCUGAGUAUUGUGUCGAUAGUGGCGGCAACUUGGUGUGGCUUGCUAGUCCUGCCAGCAGUAACACACCGCUCCUUCUCCAGGCAAUAUGUGUUUCCUGAUGACAACAUCACAGAAACAGAAGAAGCAGUAUGGCCAUCACAUUAUGAGGCCAUGGAAAUAAGCUUGGAGGGGAUCUUUGUAUUCUACAGUUUCUUAAGUGCAAUCAUUUUCAUUGUGAUGUCAACUCUGGCUGGAAUUGCCCUGCGUUCCCCAAAGAGUCAGGCCAUUGUAGUGAUGACGGCUGCACCAACUGAAACUCCAGCAGAAUGAACCACAACAUAAACGCAAGUGGGAGAAGAGAGAAGAACUAUGAAGCAAACAAAGACAGAAAACCAAUUUUCUUUGUGGACACAAGAUGAUCCCUGAGUCUUAAUUAUUAACCAGUACUAGCUAGCUUUAUAUACAAGGCAAUACAGAUUGUAUGCAUGUCUGAUAGGUGUUGCCUUGUGGUUUUUCUGUGAUCCAUUACUUUAUUUUAUCGUCAUCAAGGACCUGGUGCUUACUCUGCAGCCAGCAGGCGUUGGUGUUAAGUUUACACAGCUACGGCACAGAACGACGGCCUGGGUGAAACUGAGAACCUCCGACUGCCCUUGACAGUUUUAUGUGUUUUUUUUUACUAUGUAAGCUCUUCUUUAAACAGCAACUCCAUUAAACUAAAACACUUCGACACCUUAACACACACUGUUUUCUGUUUGCAGAAGACAGAAUGCGAGACAGGGAGUGCAGUGGUAUUCAUAUCGUGACUGGUGUUUCCCUCUUUUGUAACUAUCACCAUACGUUUGCAAAAAAUUUGAUUGUAGAUCAGUUUAUUGAAACAAAGGGAAAACAAGCUACAAUUUAGAAUAUUUCUGUCUAUCAAUAUCUAAAAAGGUUGGUAUGAGGACGGGUAUACAUGUAUGAAUAACACAAAUGAAAUGUAAAUACAUAUACAAGGUUUAAUUAUUCAUAAACAAAAAAAGGCAAUAAAAUGC